AUGCGAUUGUUCGGACAUCGAAGAAUUCUCUCUUGGGCGAUGUCGAUCCACAGAUCGAUUGCGACCAAAUCCCUCAGUACCUCUGUCGGUUGCCUAUCUCGACUCACCUGCACCUGUACUGUACCUUGUGCCAACGAAGGCUGCUUUGAGCAAGGUAUGGAUGAAGGUCUCGUUGCCACAAAAGGUCGAUCGUAA